AUGUCACGGCCUCGUACGGAAAGUGAGCUAAAACUUGUCUCUAAAAUAGUAGAGGAGUGCGCCCAGAGGGGAGAUGUGGUGUCGGAGCGUUUGGUGGCUUUCAUGGUGGAAGCUGUGCUGCUGGACCCCAAACAUGGGUUUGAAGUUUCUUCUCCGCUGACCGAACAAGACGUCCAAAAGCUCCAAGAGCUCUGUGUGGCUAAACUCAUGGAAAAGUGCAGCCCAUCACUUGACACAAUCAAAAUGCAAGUGUAUUUUGAUGAGAACUAUACUUCUCCACGUGCACUCCUUGAGGAAGUCCAUCGAGUGCUGGAGUCCAGACUGACUCUGCUGAGCCGUGAGAUCACAGACAGCAGAGUGAAAACCGGGGACGAGAUGGAUGUUCUGUACUGUAAAAUCAUCACCUAUAUCUUGCUGGGAUCUGACAUGGGCUCAACUACAGAUACCAACGUACAAGAAGUCGCAGCUGUCCUGCAGACUGUUUUUGACAAGAAUGAACUGGGGGCCUUCGUGCUACUACCAAAGAAAGACAAAGAAGAAAAGCUUCAUGAGCUCACCAUGAUUGUCACAGGGAUCCGACUCUUCAACAAAGCCAACACGAAAGGAAAGGAAGAGUUCAGCAUUCAGGAACUGAUGCCUGCACUUAAAGAAGCCCUUCCAGCCACCAGCAACAGCAUAAAAAAGGAGCUGAGUCUGACGCAGGAACUGGCAUGGAAAUACACGGCUGUGCUGGAGAAGCUAACAGACCCUGACAUUCAACCCCAAGAGUGUGACGUCCCCAUCGACCUUCUCAGACCGGCUCUCUACAACGUCAGGCAGCACCAAGUUUUCCUCAAACUCUUACUGGCCGAUGCAUCUCAGUGUACCAGGCAUGUUGAAAAACUUCACAAGGAACUCUUAUCUCAGUUGAAGCUGCUGAGAGAAACUUCCCUGCCAAAGACAACUGUACCAACUUCAGAGGUUUUUCCUCAAUUCAAGGAUGCGUCAAAGUUGUGGUCUGACCUCCAGAGUGAGGCUAACCUGCUGAACAUCUUCAGUGACAUCGCUAUCAACCUUCAGCCCUUCCUGGCCUCUCAGGACAAGAUCUUUUCUGAAGCUUGUCCUGACAGCUUUCUGGAGGCCGCAGAGGUGAAGACGGAUGAACAGAGACUGGCAGAGUUGUUGUCUGGUAUGCAUGGUAUUGAUCCAGCUGAGUGGAAGACACAGGAAUGGCUAAUGCCUGAAACAACAGCCGGGUUUAAUGAGCUUCCACUCGAGUACAACGGAUUCUGUGGUUAUGCCCUUGUGAACAGACAUGGCCUUUUACUUCCAGGUAAUCCACAUAUUGGAGUUCUGAAACACAAGGAGAAGUUCUAUGCUUUUAGCUCCAGAGAGGCUGCCUUGAAAUUUGCCUCCUGCCCAGAUGACUUUGUUGCGCAGGUGGAAGAAAAAGCCAAGUGUUCUGCUGAGCUCAUUCAGCUUCUCAAACUCCAUCAGCAGUUUUCCUGGGUCACCCCGCCCUCUGAGGCUAGUGGCCUCAACCAGCCGGUCACAAAGUGUGAAAUCAGCACACAGACUGACCUUCAUCCCGUGGAGAGAAACAUCAGCAAGUCAUAUGAGUGGAAUGAGUGGGAGCUUCGUCGACAAGCUAUCAAACUGGCUAAUCUUCGGACCAAAGCAACACGCUCUGUGCAGACUGAUAUGAGCCACAUGAGGAGGGAAAACAGCACUCAGACCUGGCAGCUGAAGGAUGCUGCAUGUCAAAGCAAGAGAGACUCGUGCAGCAACACGCCCAACCCACAGACCUACCUGGCAGGUCUGAGAAGCCGAGAACCUGCACCUGAGGUCAAAAUCAACCUGACCAGAUCUGUUGAUGAAUGA